AUGAGAAGAGCCACGCCGUCGCAGCUAGCGGGCGGCGACACUAGCAAGUCCAAGUUUAAGCUCACCGUGGUUAGCACGCCCAGUCCCUCGCCCACCGGCUCACCACCGACCACGCCCACACCGCCGCCUCCGCCGACGUCGUCGUCCGGCAAUCUCACUAUGGUCGAAACGCACGUGCUCAAGCGUUGUGCCAGCGAUCUUGGCCAGCAACAACAACAGCCGCCUCCACGUCGCUCUCCGCCCACCAAUGCCAGCAAUGCGGCUUAUCAGCUGACCACCGCCAUGUUGUUGAACUCACAGCAAUGCGGUUAUCUUGGACAACGUUUGCAAUCAGUGCUGCAACAACAACAACAGCAGCAGCAGCAACAACAACAACCGCUAUCUCAAACUCCCUCCUCGGAUGAUGGCUCCCAAUCUGGAGUCACCAUUUUGGAUGAGGAGCGACCACGUGUGAGUGUGAGCGGUGCAGCAACUGCCGCAUCCGCUGCAGCUGCCUCGCUCUUCACCAUUGACAGCAUACUGGGCUCACGUGCUGCCGCCGUCAACAACAACAACAACAGCAACAGCCACAGUAACAACAACAGCAACAGCAACAACAUGCACAACAACAACAUGCACAAUAACCACCACAACAACAACAACAACAACAGCUUGCAACACAUUGGUUUGGUCAAACGCAGCACGGAUUCACCUGCCUCACCCAAUUCCAAUUCCAGCUCCAGCGCCGCCGCCAGCCCGAUACGUCCGCAGCGGGUUCCGGCCAUGUUGCAGCAUCCCGGCCUGCAUUUGGGCCAUCUGGCGGCAGCGGCGGCCAGCGGAUUUGCCGCAUCGCCAUCGGAUUUCCUUGUUGCCUACCCCAAUUUCUAUCCGAAUUACAUGCACGCCGCUGCCGUUGCCCACGUCGCCGCCGCCCAGAUGCAGGCGCACGUCAGUGGACACGGAGCCGCCGCAGCUGCUGCCGCCGGACUCUCCGCCCAUGGCCAUCAUGCACAUCAUCCGCACGCCCAUCCGCAUUCCCAUCUCGCCCAUCAUGCCCAGCAUCAUUUGGGAUUGGGACAUUUGGGACAUGGUCCGCCGCCGAAACGCAAGCGACGUCAUCGCACCAUCUUCACGGAGGAGCAGCUGGAGCAACUGGAGGCGACCUUCGACAAGACACACUAUCCCGAUGUGGUGCUCAGGGAACAACUGGCCCUCAAGGUCGACCUCAAAGAGGAACGUGUCGAGGUGUGGUUCAAGAAUCGUCGAGCAAAGUGGCGGAAACAGAAGCGUGAGGAGCAGGAGCGACUGCGUAAGCUGCAGGAGGAGCAAUGUGGCAGCACCACCAGCAACGGCAACGGCAACAGCAACAACAACAACAGCAGCAGUAGCCACAACAACAACAACAGCACAAAGUGCUCGCCGGAACACUAUGCAACACAAUUGGUGCACAUCAAAAGCGAUCCCAAUCAUUAUUCGGAUGCGGAUGAAUCCUCCGAUCUGGAGGUGGCCUAA